AUGUCUUCACCCAGGACGGUCAAAGAAGUGCAGUCCCUCACAGGGAGAAUUGCGGCCCUCAAUAGGUUCGUCUCAAAGGCCACGGACAAAUGCCUCCCAUUCUUCAAGACUUUGACGAAGGCGUUUUUGUGGACGGAGGAAUGCGAAACGGCGUUCCAAAAACUGAAACGAUAUCUUAGCAACCCGCCCCUCUUAAGCCCGUCCAAAGAAGGUGAAGAUCUAUUCCUGUACUUAGCCGUCUCGGUCACGGCUGUCAGCGCGGCAUUGAUUAGAGAAGAUGAUGGUUUGCAACUUCCCGUGUAUUACGUCAGCCAGGCCUUCCAGGGUGCCGAGGCGCGGUACCCUCGUAUAGAGAAGAUCACCUUUGCCCUAAUUAUGGCUUCGAGAAAACUUCGUCCAUAUUUUCAAGCCAAUCCCAUCAUCGUGAUGACGGAUCAGCCUAUAAAAAAGGCAAUGAACAAGCCCGAAGCGGCAAGAAGAAUGGUGCAGUGGGCAGUCGAGCUCAGCCAGUUCGACAUAAAAUAUCAUCCAAGGACAGCGAUAAAAGCACAUGCAUUGGCCGAUUUUAUAGCGGAAUUCACCGUCCCUGGAAUCGUAGAGAAUAUCUGGACGGUUAAUACUGACGGAUCGUCCACUCAACGGGGAGGCAGAGCAGGCAUCGUCCUCACUUCCCCAGAAAAGAACGUCCUCAAGUAUGGAGUCCAACUUAAAUUCUCCGUAACCAAUAAUGAAGCAAAAUAUGAGGCCUUGUUGGCGAGAUUGAGAGUAGCCCGGGCCCUAGGAGCUGAGAAUGUUGUACUCAAAAGCGAUUCCCAACUCGUCAUUGGACAAGUAAAAGGGGAGUAUGAAGCAAAGGAGGCUAGGAUGCAGAAAUACCUCAAGCUGACGAACCAAUUGAUUAGCUCCUUUAAUUACAUAGAGUUCGUCCAGAUCCCCAGGGAUCAGAACGCAGAAGCUGACGAGGUGGCCCGAAGUGCCUCGACGGAGAACGAAAGUAAGAGGUUUGAUUGGAAGAUAGAAGAACAAAACUGUCCUAGCAUACAGAAACUCCAAAUUUCCUCCGUCCACACAGAACAUGGAUGGACGAGCCCGAUAUUCACAUUCCUUCAAGAAGGACGACUACUGCCUGAUCCAGAAGAAGCUAAAAAGGUACGGAAUCGAGCAGCCAGAUUUACGAUCCUUAAUGACGAACUCUACAAAAGGGGCUACUCCCAACCGUAUCUGAGAUGUGUUGAAAAGGAGGAAGCCAGGUACAUCCUUGAAGAAGUACAUGGGGGAAUCUGCGGAGAUCACACGGGGGCAAAGUCCCUCGUCAGGAAGAUCAUGAGAGCAGGCUACUUUUGGCCAACAAUGCAACGAGACGCAGCUGAUUUCGUGAGGACGUGUGACAGUUGCUAG